ACUGAAAACACAUAGAUUUUUUUAUAGUUAAAUUGGACGAGUUUUUUGUAUAUUUUUGACAUAAACAAAGAUUUUUUUGAUAAAAUGGAAAAACAAGAACAAUUAUUACCGAAUCCAAGACGAAAUAUUCUACAAAUGGCUGUGGCUGGUGUUUUAAAUGAAUCGGGAUUUGCGAAAGCUGACAAACAAUGCGUUGAAUCAUUAACAGAGAUGCUUCAAAGCCUUCUCGUAGAAAUAGCACAUACAUCGAAAAAUUUUGCCGAAUUAUCGGGACGAACGCAACCAUUUCUCGGCGAUGUUGUAGUGGCUUUAACAAAUCUUGGACUGCCAAUGGAUGGAAUUAAAGAAUUUGUAAAACGAGAUAUUCACAAAAUCCCAGCACCACAAACAAUAAGCACACAAAAACAAUUGAAUUUACUGCAAGCGGGUACGAAACAAUCACAUCCGCCACACAUACCCAACCAUUUGCCACCACUGCCCGAUCCACAUGCAUAUGUUCGAACACCGACACACAAACAACCGGUCACCGAAUAUGAAGCGAUUCGUGAAAAGGCCGCCUCACAAAAACGCGAUAUUGAAAAGGCGCUCACACGAUUUUUGGCGAAAACAAGCGACACAGAUUGUUUAUUUGCAUCCGAAGAUAAUCAAAUGUUUCCAUUAAUUGCGUGUAAGCCAUCAUUUCCACCCUAUUUGGCGGCAUUAAAUCCCACAGACCAAGUGUUCGACUGGGAGGAAUUGGAAUAUCAUUAUUUAGUAGCAAAUAGAACCGAAGACAUGAUUGCGAAAGAUGAUGACGACGACGAAGACGGUGAUGGCAAAGAAAAAGACGAGAAAAAUAUUUCGAGUGAUGAUCAUCAAAGUUCACCGAUUGAUUCAAUUAGCACAUCACCACAGAUUAAAAGUCCAAUCAUUGACAAUCCAUAUUUAAAAGCGGCCAAACCAGCGAAACGGGCCAAAUCGGAUGUUAGCAUAAAUCUCAAUUUUUAGUAGUGAAUAAACAAAAAAAAGUAUACAUAUUAAAAUAAAAAUAACGCAUACACAAUGAAAA